GUUGGGUGAGGUCUUUUUAAAUCUUUUUCUCCAGAUUUAUUUAUCUCUAGCAUUAGUUCUGGUUGUCAGUGAAACUCCCUAAAGACUGAUGAGGAGGAGGACGAAGAUGAGGAGGAGGAUGUUGUGAAGGCAGGUUGCUGUUACAGCCACUCGUUCAUCCAGCUACUAGGAGGCGGUCAAGUCUUGUGUGAUGCUGUCAGACACUGACACGGAGCGGUAAGCCUUUAGUGUCACAGAAAGCGUCUGGAGGCUCCAGUGACCGAGCAUAACAUCAAAGAAAAACGGGCUGUAACCCGACAAACGUCGCUCCCUCUCCUGUAUCCGUGACCGAAGAGGACACCUAGCAUUCAGGCCGUUUAUGGCACUGAGCGUUAGCGGCUAACGGGCUAACGUGAGCAGGUCUGCCUAUCUUUGAACCAUCAUAAUGAUCAUCACUGACUUGGGCCUGAACUUUACACCUGCUCUGAUGGAAAGACACCAUUGACACAAGAGGGUGCAAACAUCCUGGAUGUCUUGACAUACAGGACUAGAAUAAUCCAAGAUGGAGAAAAAGAAAAUCUGCCCACGCCUUCUAGACUACCUAGUUGUUGUUGGAGCAAGGCAACCGAGUAGUGACAGUGUGGCCCAGACCCCUCAGCUCCUUCGUCGCUACCCCCUUGACGACCAUCAUGACUUCCCACUACCACCAGAUGUGGUGUUUUUCUGCCAACCAGAGGGGUGCCUGAGUAUACGCCAGCGCAGGGUCAGCCUGCGGGACGACUCCUCGUUUGUAUUCACUCUGACUGACAAGGACUCGGGAAUCACCCGCUAUGGAAUUUGUGUCAACUUCUACCGAUCCUUUCAACGUGGACAUCACCGUACUCGAGUGGAUAAAAGUAGUCACACAGAGACUACUGCACAAGCAGCGGAAACCGCCAAUGAUGUGUCUGAUGGCAGCAGUGGAGGAGAACCCACUGUGGUAUCGGCACCCAUCAACUGCGAGUCAGCACUUCCACCUGUCUCUGAAGAAGAAGGUGGGCAGCCAGAUGUUGAACAAAUUUCUGGAAAGUCACCACAGCAAAGACGGAGUGGGGCGAAGGUGGCAGCAAGAAACCGCAACAGCACACUGACCUCUCUGUGUAUCCUCAGCCACUACCCCUUCUUCACCACUUUUAGGGAAUGCUUAUAUAUUCUCAAGAGGCUAGUGGACUGUUGCAGCCAGAGGCUAACUCAACGAGUUGGGCUCCCUCGCGCCACACAAAGGGACACCAUGUGGCGUGUGUUUACCGGAGCGUUGUCGGUGGAAGAGAAAGGCAGCCAGCUGCUAGCUGACCUACGGGAGAUUGAAUCAUGGGUGUACCGGUUGCUACGUUCACCAGUAGCGGUGGCAGGUCAGAGGCGUGUAGAUGUGGAGGUGCUACCCCACGAACUGAAACGGCCGCUCACCUUCGCCUUGCCUGACAACUCUCGUUUCUCCUUGGUCGACUUCCCGCUUCACUUACCCUUGGAGCUGCUGGGCGUGGAUGCUUGUCUUCAGGUCCUCAGCUGUGUGCUGCUUGAGCACAAGGUUAUUCUUCAAUCCAGAGAUUACAAUGCUUUGUCGAUGAGUGUGAUGGCCUUCGUAGCCAUGAUCUACCCACUGGAGUACAUGUUCCCUGUUAUCCCCUUACUGCCAACAUGCAUGGCUUCUGCUGAGCAGCUCCUUCUGGCUCCAACUCCCUACAUUAUCGGUGUACCUGCCAGCUUCUUUCUCUACAAAUCAGAUUUCAAAAUGCCAGACGACGUUUGGCUAGUCGACCUUGACAGCAGCAAAGUUAUUGCACCUACCAAUGCAGAGAUUCUGCCACCUCUUCCAGAGCCUGAAGCAGGUGAACUCAAGAAACAUCUAAAGCAGUGUCUGGUUAGAUUGACCGUGAUCACCCAAAAGCAGAUCUUCUCCUCUGAAAAUAAGGCCUUGGCAAGUAUGAGUUUGAACACACAGCCCAUUCUGAACCUGGAGAAGUUCCAGGAAGGCCAGGAGAUAGCCUUGCUCCCACCUGGAAGAGAUAAAGCUUCUCCCUCCUCCACGGAAUUCAAUCCUCUUAUUUAUGGCAACGAUGUAGACUCUGUGGAUGUUGCUACCAGGGUUGCCAUGGUGCGAUUCUUCAACUCGCCAAACGUUCUCCAGGGCUUCCAGAUGCACACCCGUACUUUGCGUCUUUUUCCCCGACCAGUGGUUGCUUUUCAGUCAUCCUCCUUUCUUGCCUCUCGACCGCGGCGCUCUGGCUUUGCAGAUAAACUGUCUCACACCCAGGCAGUGGAGUUUUUUGGAGAGUGGGCUCUGAAUCCCACUAAUCUUGCCUUUCAGAGGAUACAUAACAAUGUGUACGAUCCAUCUUUAAUUGGAGAUAAGCCCAAGUGGUAUGCUCACCAACUACAACCAGUGGUCUACAGAGUCUAUGAUGGAAGCUCCCAGCUGGUUGAGGCCAUGUCUAGCCCAUUGGAAGAUGAGGGCAAUGAGUCCGAUCCCACAGACAGCGGUAGUGACAGUGAAGGGUAUGAUGACUCCAGCUCAUCCUAUUCAUCACUUGGAGACCUGGUGAGUGAGAUGAUCCAAGGCGACAUCCAGGGAGACACACCAAGUUUAGAUCCUCCUACCCACGCUGCACUGGGAGAUGCCAGUGAGGCGUUUCAAGAUGCAGAAGAUCCAACCAGUGGAGAUGGAGCUGUCGAAACUUCUGAUGGACAAACUCUUCGCUCAAGCUCCAGCACAACUGCCAGCUCAAGUCCCAGCACAAUCAUCCAGGGUGUCAACCAUGAGCAGGGUGAGGCACCUGAAAUUGAGGCAUCAGCAAGUGCAGCUUUACAGAACCCUGUCCCCGGACUGAGCAGUCAGCCGUUCCUCAGGCAUGUCGCUGACACCGGUCUGGUUGAUCCCGUCAACAAAAAGCAGGAGUAUGACAACCCAUACUUUGAACCUCAGUAUGGCUUCCCAUCUGAGGAUGACCCUGAAGCAGAGGAGCAAGUGGAGUCAUACACCCCUCGUUUCAACCAGAACCUCAAUGGCAACAAGGCACAGCGACCUUUACGUCCGAGCAGCCUGAGGCUUCUAGGAGAGUCGGAUAGAGAGGGAGACUCACGCAACAGCUCUCCCAAUUCCACCAUCUCCAACAGCAGCAAUGAUGGAUUUGGUGGACUCAUGUCUUUUGCCAGUAAUCUUUACAAGAACCACGGGACCAGUUUCAGUUUGUCUAAUCUCGCCCUUCCCAACAAGGCAGCCAGGGAGAAAUCAACGCCAUUCCCAAGUCUGAAAGGAGCACGAGCGCCUCGAGCACUUGUGGAUCAGAAGUCUUCGGUGAUUAAACACAGCCCGACGGUUAAGAGAGAGUCGCCUUCUCCUCAAGGCCGAGUCAACAACACGAGUGAGAACCAGCAGUUCCUAAAGGAAGUGGUCCAGAGCGUUCUGGAUGGACAGGGAGUCGGCUGGCUUAACAUGAAAAAGGUGCGACGUCUGUUGGAGAACGAGCAGCUCCGUGUCUUUGUGCUGAGUAAGCUGAACAGAGCCAUCCAGUCUGAGGAAGAUGCCCGACAGGAGAUCAUACGUGAUGUGGAGGUGAACAGAAAGGUUUACAAAGGUAUGCUGGACAUCCUGAAGUGCACAGUUUCCAGUCUGGAGCACUCUUACACCAAUGCAGGUCUUGGAGGCAUGGCCAGUGUCUUCAGCUUACUGGAAAUAGCACGCACCCAUUAUCAAACCAAAGACCCGGAAAAGCGCAAGCGAAGCCCCACAGACAGUGCUGGCAGUCCGGGGAGUAAAGAGAGUCCUUCUGGUCGCAUGGAGGUGCCCAGGCCUCAGGGCCUCCUGAAUAUUCCCCAACUUCAGCUGCCUCAUCACACAACGGGCAAAGGAGCCCGCCAUUUUGAUACCCGGAGUCUGAACGAGGAGAACUUUAUUGCCUCGAUUGAAUUGUGGAGCAAGCACCAGGAUAAACAAAAAGCAAUGGAAAAACAACAGAGAUCUGAAGGAACAAAGCAGCAGCGCCCCCAGGUGGCUGAUGCAGAGGAGAAAAAAUCACAGAUCAGUGCUGACAGUGGUCUCAGUGUUGCAUCUGGAUCCCAGAAGAGCGACACGGACUCUGUGACCAGCUCAGGACCACCGAUCCUGACUAGAAGCACCAGCCAGGACUCGGAGGCCAGCACAGUGAUCAGCAACAGCUCCGGGGAGACUCUUGGAGCAGACAGUGAUCUGAGCAGCACUGCAGGAGACGGCCUCGGAGGAAGAACUGCUCUACAUUUGACCCAGUCCAGAGGGACGCUGUCUGACAGCGAGAUUGAAACCAAUCCGGCCACAAGCUCAGUGUUUGCAAAGACUCACACUCUGAAAGCAGGAGCAAAGGAGCAGGUGGCAGCCAUGGUGAAAGGGCCCCCCGCACAGCCCAUGGAGGACAUCAGCAUGAGGAUUUAUCUCUUUGAGGGGCUUCUGGGGCGGGAUAAGAGCUCCGUCUGGGAUCAGCUGGAAGAUGCAGCCAUGGAAACCUUUUCUCUAAGUAAGGAGCGCUCCACUCUCUGGGACCAGCUGCAGUUCUGGGAGGAUGCCUUCUUAGAUGCUGUGAUGUUGGAGCGUGAGGGCAUGGGGAUGGACCAGGGUCCUCAGGAGAUGAUUGAAAGAUACUUGUCACUGGGAGAGCAUGAUCGCAAGCGUCUGGAGGAUGAUGAAGACAGACUAUUGGCCACCCUACUGCACAACAUGAUAGCGUACAUGCUCAUGAUGAAAGUGACUAAAAAUGACAUCAGGAAGAAAGUGAGGCGCUUGAUGGGCAAGUCUCACAUUGGCCUCACGUACAGCCAAGAGAUCAAUGAGAUACUGGACAAACUUCCCAACAUGAACGGUCGCGAGCUGGCCAUCAGGCCCAGUGGAAGUCGCCACAUAAAGAAGCAAACCUUUGUUGUUCAUGCAGGCACUGACACAACUGGAGACAUCUUCUUUAUGGAGGUUUGCGAUGACUGCAUAGUCCUGCGCAGCAACAUCGGUACUGUUUAUGAGCGCUGGUGGUAUGAGAAGCUCAUUAACAUGACUUACUGCCCCAAGACUAAGGUGCUGUGUCUGUGGAGACGUAACGGCCAGGAGACGCAGCUCAAUAAGUUCUAUACCAAAAAGUGUCGUGAACUCUACUACUGUGUUAAGGACAGCAUGGAAAGGGCUGCAGCAAGACAGCAAAGUAUUAAACCAGGUCCAGAGCUGGGUGGAGAGUUCCCGGUCCAGGACAUGAAGACGGGGGAAGGCGGCCUUCUUCAGGUGACACUGGAAGGAAUCAACCUCAAAUUCAUGCACAGCCAGGUUUUCAUAGAGCUGAGUCACAUUAAAAAGUGCAAUACAGUGAAGGGAGUCUUUGUCCUGGAGGAAUUUGUUCCUCAAACUAAAGAAGUGGUGAUCCACAAGUACAAGACGCCCAUGGCACAUCAGAUCUGUUACUCAGUCCUGUGUCUCUUCUCAUACAUGGCAGCAGUGAAAGGGAAGGAGGGAGAAGGAAAACCCAAGAUGCUGUCCCCGAGACCCCUUCCUAGCUAGACAACACCUUGUGCUUUUAUCCCCACCUUCUAGCUCCUUGGUGUGCCUCUACUUGAAAUGGGGUCUCGGACUUAUGACAAUCCCAAAACUAAAUCUAAGCACACGGCCCUCUCCUCAUGUGUAGAUGGAAGCUUUUUUGAUCCGACUGUGUGGACAUGUUUGGUGUGUGAUGUGUAAAUACCUCCAACCCUUCAUCCCUGAUGUUCCUCAUCCUCUGUGUGAAGGUCUCCUAUCCAUCCUACAGUUUUGGUCCAUGUGAGGGAUUAGUCCAAGUCAGAGUGCAUGCAGGUCCCAUGCACAGCCUUGACUCUCACUGCAGUGACCCCUCCCCCCUCUGCUUGUGUUCUGUGAUGAUGUGCUUACUGUAAAGUUUCAGUCUGUUCAGAGAGCCUCACAGUGCAGGGCGUCCCGUCUGCACCAGAGCACAGCAUGUGAACUCCUCGUGGUGGUGUGUGGUCCUAAAACUCCCCGUCCCCUCGCCCCAGUCUGAAUUACUGUUCUAGCUCUUCUGGUAUUAACUGCAUGUUAUUAUAAGGACCAAGAAUAAAUAUUAUAUAUAUAUUUCUAUAUAUAGUAUUUAUUUAAUAUAUAUGUAUAUUGACUGUACAUUUCUCAGAAAAUGUUACAAAAUGUUGAUUUGCUAGAUGUGCAAUACUUAAGAAGUAGUUAGCCAUUGCCAGAGCCGGGGGCCCUCCACUUAUCUGGCUGUCACAGGGUGAAGAAUGUAUGGUUUUUUUCUUGUUUUCUCAGAGGUGUGUAUUUACUGAAUAUUUAGUGUGACUUGACUGUUCAGUGUCCUCCAUAAGUAACCAUCGGUCAGUCACAGGGCAGGAAGUCGAUGAUGGAGAAAACUAACUCAUAUCAGCUCUGGAGGGCUUUCAGAGACACAAACGGGACGUUUUCCGUCUAAAGACGGUUCUCGUGUUUCAUCACAUGCGUCACAGAUGUGAUUGAGCUGCUUCCGGUUCCUCGUGUGUAGUUUAACACUUGCUGCAUCUAAAUAUCCCGAGUUUGUAAGUUAACAGAAGCUCUUAUGUCUUCCUGUUCAGAACCAAUCUGACAGUAGUUCCAAUUACAAAAGGUGAUAAAAACAAAAACAUGAGCUGAUUGUGGCUGGAAAUCCCUUUUAGAGAAGCACACUAGCCUCCAGAACUAACUUUAGUCUUGAGUUUAUCUGAGUGACUCUGUAGAAAGCAAUAGUUCAGUUCCUGAAACCUGGUCUGAUGAGUUUAAGAAACAUUCUCACUUUGCAGCCUAAAAAAAAAUAAACAUGCAGAUUUUAUGCAACUUUUUAGCUAAAGCUACAGAAGUGAAACUCAGCAGAUUUCUGUCCUGUGAUAGACCCUUCAGAUGUGUUGAAGCUCACAGAUGUAGUCCACCAGGAGAUCGUCUGGUCUUUGUUAAAUGAUGGUAAAGAGUAGUUAAACCAGUGCAACCAUAGGUUCAUCUCAGUGUGUGUGUGUGUGUAUGAGUGCUCAUGUGGUGGACCGUUUCUUCUGAUCAGCAAUAUGCUACAGCUAUAUCACUGGAAGAGGUUUUAUUUUCAUCCUGACUUGCUUGUAUUUUUAGUAACUUUACUGUGCAAAUGAGAAAAUUCCAAAAUAAAAUGGACUAAACGAUGUUUGAAGACUAAAGUCCAUCUGAAGCAUGUCCAAGACUGACCUGUGAAUUUUCUGCUAAAGCUAAAAAAAGAUUUUUGUUUCUUUAAACUGGAAAACACCACCUGAUCUGUAGUUGUGCUGGCGAGAGGGGAAGAGCUGUAAGGACUCAUGGAUUUGGAAGAAAACCAUUUAUAGAAAAUGUACAGCUUUGGCAAUAUAAUAAAGAUGUCCCAAAUGAG